AUGCCUAAUGUGAUCAAAAUUGAUCAAGACAAAGUUAAGCUUUUGGGGAUUUUUGGUAAGUUCGUGGCGGAAUGUCUGCCGAAAUACGUGCAGAGGGUCCAGAUCGCUGCUGGAGACGAGUUGGAGGUUUUGAUUCACCCCGAUGGCGUGUAUCCGGUGAUUCAUUUUCUGAAAUCGCAUCACGCCUGUCAGUUUUCGAACAUCACUUUCGUUACCGGCGUCGAUGUACCAACGCGUCAGCAUCGUUUUGAGGUAGUGUAUGGUCUGUUGUCCCUUCGCUACAAUGCUCGUGUAAGAGUUCGAACUUACACUGACGAACUCACUCCUCUUGAAUCCAUCACGUCUGUGUUUCAAGGAGCCAACUGGUACGAACGGGAGGUUUACGAUAUGUACGGCGUAGUGUUCAACAACCAUCCUGACUUGCGACGAAUUCUGACCGACUACGGAUUUGAAGGUCAUCCGCUAAGAAAAGAUUUUCCUCUUAGUGGCUAUACGGAGGUUCGAUAUGACGCAGAAUUAAGGCGAAUCAUUUCGGAACCUGUUGAAUUAAUGCAGGAAUUCCGAAAGUUUGAUCUCGACAGUCCUUGGGAAACGCUGCCUUCUUUCAGAACGACAUCAGUCACUGCUGGUUAUCGGAAUGUGGAUCUUGCGACAGGAACAGUCUCUCCCUCUUCUGAGGCUCAACCUUCUAGUGAUCAAAAAUAA